AUGCUCGUUGCUGACACGUCGAGCAGAAAGAAGACCAUCACUAGCCUCAACGAUCCCUCUCAUCCAUUGGUCGCCGUCCUUGCUGACAUUGUCCAAUGCGCGUUAAACCCUGGACCGUCUCCAGAGGAACAGGGAGGGGGUGAGGGACAGGGUUCUAUUCAGGACGUCGGUGAACACGAGUGCCCUGAAGAACAAGAAAGGGAAGAAGAACAUGUCAUCCGCGGUUUCGUCCAGCGCUUGGUUCAACGCAAGUGCCCAAGCUGCUCUGGCGACGUUAAGGGGACCGACCCCAGUGUCAUUUUCGGCCAUGCACAUGACAUUGUAGUGCCCAUUCGAGCGUGGCGUUUCCCGAACCUCUUGGAAAAGACCCUAAGUCUAGCGGCUCUUCCUGGUGUUCUCACGGAGCUUGCAAGAGUCUGGCCGAAAAAGGAGCGGAACAGCCGCUUCGACCAGGAUCCCCCAAAAAUCUUGCUUGCGAUGAUACGCAGGAGCCCUAUAAUCAUCAGAAUGGCAGAGCUGCUCCGGGACGAUCGCAUCGAGACGGUGGUUGACCAUGCCAUCCUUUAUAAUGCGCUCUUCAGAUUCGUCAACGUCCUCGCCAAUCACCCCCUAUCAGCUUCGAUCGUUUACGAAACUCGACCAGUCUACCCGUUUGCCAAGACGAUUCUCCCUUUGGCUUUCGGCCGGGUUGAUAGAGAGCCAUCCAAAGCCCCUGAGAGCGGCGGCCCAGAUGUUAAGGGUAAAGGCAAGGCUGUGGUCGGACCGAGUCACAAGCGGUCAAACAUUGACCAUGUGAAGCCCCUCGCCAGCUUCUUUCCGGCGUUGGCGCGUCAAGCGCAGGCGGUAAUGAAGCAUCGCCAAGUGCAUGGCGAGAAUGCCAAAGACACGAAGGCUAUGUGCCGCCGAAUCUGUCACUUUGCCGCGAAGCAUAGACUUGCCGCGAAAGCAGCGUUGGGCUCCUCGAGUGAAGCACCGAGGGAUCCGAGCAGUGCCCGUCAGGAGAGGAACGAGGAACUUCGCAAGUGGCUGUCAGACAACAAGGUCGCAGAGGUCGAAAGCAGGGAUUGGCUCUCGGAGUAUCGCUUCAGCGACGCAUUGAAGGAGACGCGGGACUUCACCCCAGCCCCGGGACGGAUGAAGCGUCUGGUACGAGAGCUGUCGAUUCUGAGAUCUUGUCUCCCCGAGGGUAUUUUUGUCCGCUACGACGGCGAUAGGUUGGACGCGAUGAAGGUCUUGAUCACGGGCCCCGCAGAUACUCCCUACGAGAACGGCCUCUUCGAGUUCGACCUGUUCUGCGAUGUCGAGUACCCCCGCGAACCGCCUCAUGUCCUGUUUAAGACGACGUCUCUUGAUCGCAGAAUUAACCCCAACUUAUAUGUCGACGGAAAGGUCUGUCUUUCUCUGCUCGGAACGUGGGACGGCGAGCCCUGGAUCCCGGUGAAGUCCACCCUUCUUCAAGUCCUCGUUUCCAUACAGGCCAUGGUCUUCUGCCCUCGGCCGUGGUUCAACGAGCCGGGCAGCGACGUCGUUUAUGCGAGCCCGGACGUUUUGGCCAAGUAUGACACCGGCGUCCGGUCCGAUACUGUCUACUUCGGCAUGGGGCAGUGGCUGGAGAAGCUGCAGAACGGUCCGUCGGGGAAGAACGUUUGGUCGGAGGUCGUCCGGAAGCACUUCGAGCUGACGUGGAGGGAGAUCUUGCCGGUUAUUUGUGGCUGGAAGGAGGCUCACAGUUGCAUGGACAGCGUGUCCCGGCAUAGGUUUAGGGAUGGAAUCGCGGCUGUCAAGUUGGCCGGUUCGCAAUGGGCUGACGAGGGUGAUGCCGAGGAUGCCAGGCUUACAGGCUAG